AUGAAAUACGAGAGAGAAUUUGAAUUAGAAGACAAUGUUGCUAGGAAUGACGAGCUCCCAGCAACUAAACAAGCGAAGUCCUCAAAGUCGUCUGUAAAAAGCUGUGCUUUGAGACAAACUGCAGAAAGAUGGAACCAGAAAUCUCUGCAUGGAAAGUACCCACUCCGCUGCCAACAAGCUGAUGUAGACCAAACCGCAACCCAUCAGUGGCUAAGGAGUUCUGGACUUAAGGCGGAGACGGAAAGUUUCAUCUUAGCUGCCCAAGAUCAAUCUCUUUUCACAAGAAAUUACCAGGCAAACAUUCUAAAAAAUGGCACUAAUGAAAAGUGUAGAUUCUGUGAUACACAUAAGGAAACUAUUGAUCACCUCAUAUCAGGGUGUCCAGUUCUGGCAACUAACGAGUACAAGAAUAGGCAUGACAGGGUUGGGAAAUAUUUGCAUUGGACAAUCUGUAAUUCAUACAAUAUCAAAACGUGUGAACACUGGUACGAACACAAACCUGAACCAGUUGUUGAAGGUGAAAAUGCUACCCUGCUAUGGGACUUUUCCAUCCACACUGACAGAACCAUCCAGACAAAUAGACCGAACAUAAUUAUUAAAGAUUUUAAAGAAAAGACCUGUCUCCUUAUUGAUACGAGUGUACCUUGUGACCAAAAUAUUGCUCAUAAAGAAUUUGACAAGCUCAGCAAGUACAAAGAUCUAGAGAUAGAGAUUCAAAAAAUGUGGAGUCUGAAAGCUACCACCGUCCCUGUAAUUGUUGGAGCACUUGGGAUGAUAAAAAAGCAAACUCAAAAACACCUCGACAAAAUUCCUGCGGUGGAAAUGUAUCUCAAAACCCUUUGCUUGCCUCAGGAGACUGGGUGUCUCCCGUACGGUAGUAGGUAUAAGAUAUAA